GGAAAGGUACGCCUUGACAACUCUCACUAUCUGUGCAGCGUCAAGCUUGGGCCAUACUGACACCGAUAUCGUCGCCCAUUUAGCCAAGGGUCCGAACAAGCUCGCUCAACACGGCCAUGGCGCGAUGUUCCCAGAAAAUUAUGCUCCUCUAUCAGGACGCCCAAACGCCAAAUGGCACUGCCCUAUUAUCGGAUGCGAUUCAGCCUUCAGGCUCCUCAGGGAUUUAGGCGAGCAUUUUACAACGGAGCACAGAGGUGCAAAGCUGCACGACCUGCGGAACGGCGAGUUUCGCGUUAUCAACUCCGAAGGCAAUGGGGUUCCCUGCGUCGUUUACAGGAGCAACAACCCGCCGAGUCCGAUCCAACCCCCUCUUCCUCCCAGCAGCCCCGCCUCAUCCGCUGUGCAUUCGUCCUCGGUCGAGCAUGGUACUACGCCCGGUCUUUACGUCAAGCGCGAAUUUUCGAUUAUUCCCGCGGACGGCGAGGAGCCUCGUCAAAUCAUCAUUGAUGCCGAGGAUGACCAACAUACCUCAAGUAGUCAGGACGGGGGCGAAGCGGAGGGGGAAGAGGGUAGCGAUGAGGACAUGGACGAUGUCUUCAGCAUUGGCGCUGGACAGGACAAGGAGAGCAAUACUAGCGUCAGCGACCAGGAGGAGGAACACGACGACGCCGCCCCAGCCUACAAUGUCGACGUGCAAACUCCUGAUCGGAGCGGACCGGCCAACGAGAACCUCGAGAACGGCCAGUACUUCAAUUACGCCGCCUCCGCCGUCUGGCGGCAUAUCAACCGUUUCACUCCAUUUCGCCUCCCCGUCCCGGAUGACACCUGCUUGCGCGAGCUCCUCACGCUCCCCCUCGCCAGGGAACUUCCUCGCUCCUGGCGCGUGCGCCUCGGCAAGCAACGCUUCACGGAAGAGAAGUUCAACCUCAAGAUGAUGACUGCAAUGGCGAUCUUCCUCACCGGUAAGGAGACCGAUGAGAAGGCCUGCACCACCUUUGGUUGCCUCACCCGAAACCCGGUAAAGACAGCACAGGCCUUGACAGACUUUGCGGCCGACAGCGAUGUCUGUCAUGGCAUGUUCGCCUUUCCGCGCUGCGUCUUCCCUUCGGCGAUCGAUUUGCAAGUGUCGCCGACUCUGAAGGAGAGGCUCGACGGCACUACCUGCUGCAAUGCCUACUACCUCCUGGGAAAGAAACCAGAGGCCAAGUUGAUCUACGUCGCCGGCUAUCCGCUGCCGUACCCAAUCACCCCCGAAAACCCUCCCCGCGCUGCACCGGCCCCGGAUCGCAGUGAUAACGGCGCCUCUCCCACGUCGGGCCAACCCCAACAGAGCUCCAGACCAUCCAGCCUCUACAAUGGCUCCCCUCAAUCCAGCCCGUUGAAGUCCCGAUCAACGUCAGAGUCUCUCAAGCGCAAAACCCCUCCCUGCGCCGCCUCCGAUGAUUACAAUUACCGUCUCUCCACCGACCCCGCCACACCUGCAAAGUGGGAGUCCCUCACCGGCCUUUUACACCAGAGCGAGUCGCAUCUGGAGCCGGUCAUUGCAUACAGCCCUUCAUAUGUCCGCUCGCACACCAGCUCGAAUGGCCACCCCAACACACACUCCCCUUCCGAUACUCACAUCCAGGCCAAUAAGCGCAUCAAACUCCUCCCCUCUCCCUCCACCUCCAGCAGCGGAAGCAGUGCCCUAGCCGACUUCCGUGUUAUCCACCUCCAGCAUAACCCCAACAAUGCAGAGGCAGUGCAAACCGUCAGCUUGCCCGUCAGCAAAACAAGAUCCUACGUCUGUUCUGUGGCCAGCGGCGGUCCGGUGCGUGUGUACCUGGACAAGGGCAAGGGAGAAGGACAGGAGAAGCCCUUCGACAUCAUGGAGGGCGGCGUCUGGAUUGUUGAGAAUGGUUGGGAGUGUAGCAUGGAGGUUGCUGUUGGUGGUGUCGACGACGAUGGCGAUGUUGCCAUGACGGAUGCUAUGGAGACGGUGGAGGAGAGGAUGCAGGUGACUGCGAGUGUGCAUGUUACCGGUGUUCUGGCUUUGGCUGGAGAGAAGGAGAGGGAGCAGGAGAAGAGCAAGGACAAGGAGAAGGAUGUCUCUGAGAAGUCUAAGAAGGACAAAAAGGAGAAGGAGAAGAAAAAGAAAGAGAAGGAGAUCAAGAGGGAGAAGAAGGAGAAGAAAGAGAAGGAGAAGAAAGGUUGCUGACUGCCCUUUGCCGUGGUCAUGCAUGGAUGAUGUCACGGUCUGCGGCUUGGGAUGUUGAUGAUCUUGUCUGGUCGUGUGUAUGGACAAGACUGUGGAGGGAAAGGAAAGAGUCAGUGUGUUUGAACGAUACUUUCAUGUUAUCACAGCUUCGGUGGGCGGUACAUGUACAAGGAGCAAGAGCAAGAGGCGGACGAACCAGAGUUGAUUCCUUGAGAUCACUUCGGAUAUCAUGUCAUGGCAUGUGCCAGACGGUGUUAUGCACUGGACCAGCAUGUCCAAUGCUUUGAAGCAUGGCUUUGAGUUUUAGCGAGCGAGCGAGCGAGAGUCAAUGCUUUUCUGUUUCACUGGCUUUGAGGAAGAGAAGGUGACAUCUGUUGAUGUCUGGUAGCAUAGACAUAGAUCGAGCCGAGUAAAGGCUGAUUCAAAUUUGACUUAUGAUCUUAGAAA